UCAACUUCCAUACUUCUCCUACCUUAAUUUCUCUUUCAUUUUUCCACAUACACAAACUUGUUCACAAUUUGAGUUUGUUUCCUUUAAAGAAGCAAAAUCAAACAUUCUUCUGUUUUCCCUUCAUAUUUCUUUUAGUUCAUCUCUCAAUAAAAAAAAUAAAACAGAGAAAAGAUACAUAAAAUGAAUAUUGCUCAUUUUAUCUUCGGAGUUUUUGGAAAUGCAACUGCUCUGUUCCUCUUCUUGGCUCCUGUUGUGACAUUUAAGAGGAUCAUAAAGAACAAAUCAACCGAGCAAUUCUCAGGAAUUCCAUAUGUCAUGACCUUGCUCAACAACCUGCUUUCUGCAUGGUAUGGACUCCCUUUUGUGUCCCCGAACAACAUACUAGUGACAACAAUCAAUGGAACUGGUGCUGUAAUUGAGAGUGUAUAUGUGUUAAUUUUUCUGAUAUUGGCUCCCAGAAAGGAGAAGGUUAAGAUCGGUGGCCUUCUUGCUAUCAUUCUUUCUAUUUUCGCAAUUGUCGCGCUUGUUUCACUCCUUGCUCUUCAUGACACCAAAAGGAAGGUUUUCUGUGGGGUUGCAGCUAGUGUUUUCUCCAUUAUCAUGUAUGGUUCCCCUCUUUCUAUCAUGAGGUUGGUGAUCAAGACAAAGAGUGUGGAGUACAUGCCCUUCUUGCUAUCACUCUUCUGUUUCUUGUGUGGUACAUCUUGGUUUAUUUUCGGAUUAAUUGGCCGCGAUCCAUUCAUUGCUGUACCUAAUGGUUUUGGAAGUGCAUUAGGAGCAAUGCAGCUGAUCCUAUAUUUCAUUUACUAUGACAAAAAUCCUGAAGAAAAGAAAAAGACUACAACUGAUCAUGGUGUUGAGUUGGGCCUAAAUGGAAAUGGAAAGGCCCACCAUAAUAUCCAAGAUGGCAAGUCCAACACUCAACCUUCGAUUAAUGGGCACGUCUGAUAUAUCUUAUGUGUCAUCAUGCCUUUACCACAGCACAUUGAUUGAUGAUGAACUGAUCCUUUGCAAUUAUUUUCGUAUCUUUCUUUUGAGGGCUUAUUCUUGUAGUUAUCUCUCGCUGUCGCUUUUGCUUUUGAUUAUGCUUAUGCUUAGGUUUUAUUAUCAUCGCAAUUGCAAGUGUAAACAUGUUGAUGAUCUUGUGUUGGGAAUGGGCAAUUCAGCUAAGACAAUUUACGAAA